CGUUUAGAAGCUUCAAUCAUUUAAGUAAAGUUUCACGGUUUGGUAGCACUUGAUAAAACACCAGAAGUACAUAGAAUAUUGUGUGUGAAUAUUGUAUUAAUACGAAAAAAGUGUUGAAAGCUGUUGAUUUUGUAACAGUAUAAAAAAAUCCCCAUACAUUUGUGAGGAAUACUUCUGAGGUGGACAUAAAUCCGUGUUGUUCUGGCGGCAUCGGACCGAUUGUGGGGAGAACGCUGCUGUUGUUGGAGAGGCUUGUGUCUCCACGGAUCUAAAUCCGUGCCUUUCCGCUAAACAAGCAACAGACACCAAAAAUCUAACGCACAACAAAAAUGGGUGAUGAGUUUGAUGGUUGCGAGUGCGUUUGGUCGCAUGAGUUCGCUAUGCAGCGGCUUUUGGCGAUGAUACGUCAGAGUCAAAAUCAUUGCACCGACGUAGAAUGCAUUGACGUAUCUGGUCGUGUGCGUGACACUACCACUGGGAGUGGUAAUGAAGAGUCCACUUUGAUUAUGACGACAAUGUUUAUGCUCUUCGCUGUGCUUAUGUAUUUUAUAAGGCCCGAAUCGAUUAGGAAAUACACAAAGCGACAUUCACAAAGGCAAGAUUCUAAUGGCGGUUUGCCACCACCGCCGCCACCACCGGCACCGCCAGCAAUCAAUUAAUAUUGGCAUUUGGAUGGGCGGAAACCCUUAAGCAUAUACUUUUUGUCUGUCAAUUGUAAUUCCACACGAUUAAGUUAACGCUCUUUUCUUUAUUUUCCUCCAAGUCUAGUUUCAAAUAAUAUUUUCCAUGCAAAAUUGUUUUUCCACUGUUUAUCUGUAAGUUAUUAGAAGUCGUGACUGGAAAUUUGCCUUCGCAUACAAAUAUUUAGAAAUAUUAAAUUAAUUACAUUAUUGCAUUCUGUUAAUGCAUCGAAAAAUCUAUUGCACUAGCCAGGCGAGAGCAAAAUAGCAAAUUGUCAUAAGCGAUUUAUAUAUACAUACUGAACCUAAAACAAAAUUCUUCAUAUCUGAAAAUUGAUUACUGUUAAGGCUGGUGCAAAACCAUUCCAUAAAAGAGUUUACUAAACAAAAUGCUAACCAAUUUGGGAAUGUAAAAAUAUAGCAAUGAGUGUAUGUAUGUACACAUAUGCACGUGUACAUUUUAUUUGAUUUGUAAAUACGACGCAUUUGCAGCUAUUAUACAUUUGUUUGAAACGACGAGAAAAUUUUACAAUCACAAAUACACAAACCCAAUUUAAGCGUAAUUUCAACAAA